AUUUCCUUUCCUUAAUGAUACCUUGGCUCUCUACUGCCUUAGAAACCUGCAACUUCACCAACCUUUUGAAUGGUAAAACCACACAGGGCAGCUUUCAAGUUCCAAUCUUGUGUCUUAUUCUUGUUUCAACAGUUGCUGCUUUCUUACUUUUAGGAUUUGAUGUUUUUUUUAAAGUUUUUUAUUUUAUUUUAUUUUUUUUAUGUCUUGCGUUUGCAAAACGCGUUAAAAUAUUAUAAGCAAUUUGAGCAUCAAAUUUCAAAGACAAACAAAAUAAUUAUUGAUGAUGUUUAAUUAAAUAAAGAUCUAACAGUUCCUAAAUCAUAAUCAAAUGCAAGAUCACAAUUUGUAGUCAAUAGAAAAAUUAAAAGAAAAAAAAUAGAACACACGCUCGCUCGCUUAACAGAGAGAGAGAGAGAGAGAGAGAGAGACUCCAACACUGUUGUGAAAUGGCAUGGCCUUCUCUUUCUCUCUUCCUCUGAACUCCAUUGCAGCGCUUUCAUUAACCCUUUUCUCCACUUUCCUUUUCUCAAAAUCCACUCUUUACACAUUCCCAACUCCUGAAAUACACCAUAGAUCGCUCCUCACACAAAGCCAGACCUUUCCUCUUUCUUGCUCCUCACUACCCCAAUCAAAUGGCAUCAUCAACUACCUUUAUAUCCACUUUUGUCUCUUCAAGGCAAAUUUCUUUCUCUCAAUUCUUUGCCUUUCUUUAUUCAUUCUCCUCCACUUUUAUAUUCUCAUCAAAACAGCCCAAUCCCAUUUCUCUAUUGUCACUACGAAGCUCACUACUCACUUAAAUCUCUCUCCAAGCAUGGGUGGAGUAACCCUUUUGGCUCUAGGUAAUGGGGCACCUGAUGUUUUUGCCUCUCUUGCUGCAGUUAGGUCUGGCCAAUAUAGAACUGGGUUUGGGGCUAUAUUAUCUGCUGGUACAUUUGUUUCUGCUUUUGUGGUCGGAUUUGUUGCUAUAUAUGCUGCACCGUUUAAUUUGGAUCCUGCUUCAUUUGUUAGGGAUGUCGGGUUUUAUUUGGUAGGAGCUCUGUUUUUAUUUUAUGUGUAUUUGAGUGGGGAGAUUACUUUUUGGCAAGCUGUUGGAUUUGUUGGGUAUUAUGUUUUCUUUGUUGGGUUUGUGUUUUGGACUGAUUUAGGAAUUGGCGGUGCUCAUACAAGAGAUUCAAGAGGAGAAAUGGAUUGUGAGAGAGAUGGAGGUGUGGUGGUUGGCAGUUUGGAGGAUGAGAAGCAGGGUUCUGGGUUGUUUGAAAGGGCUUGCGGGAAGAUCUCAAAAGUAUGGGAGCUCCCAGUCUCAUUUGUUCUAAAGCUCACAAUUCCACAAACUGCGCCUUCAGAAUGGAACAGGUUGUACCUAUCUGCCAAUAUCAUUCUUUGCCCUUUAGCACUUUUAUAUGCCUGCAACUCAUUCAUGCCAUUAGAUCAUCCCAUAAUUUUCCUCCUCUCAAAUGCCCACUUCCCACUCUGGUUCAUAGUACUCCUGGCAAGCUCGUCUCUCGCAGUCCUUCACUUCAUACUGGAAAAGGAACCCCCAAAGACUGAGCAAGUUCCUGUAGUGCUGGUGGCAUUUGUAAUGAGUGUCUUUUGGAUAUCUACUAUUGCUGGAGAAUUGCUAAACUGCUUGGAAGCACUUGGGGUGCUUCUUGAAGUGCCUCCUUCACUACUUGGACUCACGGUACUUGCUUGGGGAAAUUCCGUGGGUGAUCUUGUGGCUGAUGUUGCAGUCGCCAAAGCAGGCCAGCCGGCAAUGGCCAUGGCUGGGUGCUUUGCUGGACCAAUGUUUAACAUGCUUGUUGGACUGGGAACAGCUUUGGUGAUACAAACAGCUGAUGUUUAUCCAGAAGCUUACGAACUUCAUUUCCACAUUGGUAUUGUAACAGCAUUUGUGUUCUUGUUUUUGAGCCUGAUGGGGUCUCUGCUAGUUAUCACUUGGUCCAGAUUUCGAGUGCCUAGAUUUUGGGGCUUUUGCCUGGUGGGUCUUUAUGUCUUGUUUAUGGUAGUUAGCUUAGUCAUUGCCAAAUUUUCAAGAUGACCAUUCAUUCAAUCCAUGAAAUCAACAAUUUGUUUAGUUGUUGCCAAAAUGCUUAUGCCAAUUAAUAGGAUAUCUUCACAUAAAGGCCUAUAUGUCAGGAUAGAUGCAGUAUAUACUCAUUCAUUGUCAGAAGAUAAUGUAAGGAUUAUGGAGUUUUUAGUCUAUAAUCUGGAAAAUGCAAUUUGUUUCUU